CGUUUUCACUCCACCUCGCGAAAAAAUCCUGUUUCCAUUGGCUCCCUCUGAAUUAUGUCUAGCAUGAUUUGUUCCAAGAAGCUCUCCAAGAUGGAAAGGAAGUGGCAAAAUUUUGCUGCCAUCAAAAGGAAGCGAAUUUCUCUGCCUAGAAUUGAAGUCUGUGAUGGUUGUACGGCAUCUUCGCCUACUCAUAAGGGCCAUUUUGUUGUCUACACUUCUGAUCAGAAACGCUUUGUGAUUCCCUUGGAAUAUCUUAAUAACAAGAUUUUCAGAGAACUAUUAAAACUUUCUCAAGAGGAGUUUGGAUUGCAGAUUGAUGGGCCUAUCAUAGUGCCAUGUGAUGCCUCCUUUAUGGAGUACAUAGUUAUGUUAAUUGAACGUGGUGCAGAGAAAGAUCUAGAAAUCACUUUGCUGAUGUCUUUUGUUACUGCUUGCUGCAUAUCACCAUCUCUUUUCUACCAGGAGCAUACAAACCAGCAAGCACUUGUUUGGGGUUACUGAGUAAAAUCAGACAUCUUUGUAAAACUUUAUACAAAUUGUAUGUAUAAAAUGUCUCGUGUAGACAGCGGUUUUUGUACUCCAUGAUCG